AUGAACUACCACAUGUGUGGACGCGUCCUGUUUGCUAGAAGAAGACCUUGCAAUUUCGCCCUAUUCUUCAUUGCCGUCUUCCUCCUCUGGGCCUUUGGGAUCAUUUCUAUCGCUCGAAGGGAACCACCUCCUCUGCCGGUUAAGAUCCCAGAUUUGGAACCUGAGCACCCCGUCCAUACCGAAGAUGUGUACAACAAGACUCUUGGAUUUGAGAAAGUAUUCGUCCUAGGUUUGCCUGCUCGAACAGAUCGCCGGGACGCCAUUGUGCUGUCAUCUGUGCUCAGCGAUUUCGAAAUCGAGUUCAUCAACGGCGUCGGGGGAGCCGCGGUGCCUGACAAGGUGCUUCCUCUAGGCUCGAACGGCCGCCAACGACCUACAAAUCUCGAGGUCGGGUCGUGGCGUGGACACAUCAAUGCGAUACGGGAAAUCGUGCACAGGAAUUUGACUUCAGCUUUGAUCAUGGAAGAUGAUGCUGACUGGGACGUUCGCCUCCGAGAACAGAUAUUCAACUUUGCCAAGUCUACCCAAGUCCUACUCCAGCCAAUGCAUGCAACCAAUGUGUACUUUGAUACAAGCUUAAAUUCAGGCAGCACGAAUAGUCCUUAUCGAAAAGAGGCGCCGCUCAAUAGGUUGCCGUGGACCCGAGCACCCAGUCAGACACCAUACGGCGACAACUGGGAUGUUCUCUGGCUCGGCCACUGUGGAAUGCAAUUACCAACAAGAGAAAUGAAGAUUCCCCGAGCACUCAUUGGGCAUUAUCCAGACUAUACUGUGCCACAGAAACAAUACCUCAAGUUCCUAUCGCAGCCCAGUGACCUGGAAGAAGAAUUCCUUGAUCAUACGCGUGUGGUGCACCGUGUUCAGGAUGGAUCUUGUUCCACUGCCUAUGCAUUAUCUCGGCGGGGCGCUCGCAGCCUACUCAAUGAUGCUGGUCUGAAACAUUUUGAUGCUCCACUCGACAUCAUGCUCAGAAUGUUUUGUGAGGGAACUGGUGGCAGAAGACGUCACGUCUGUCUAACAUCAUCACCAGCUCUGUUCGAACAACAUCGACCGGCAGGUACCAAGAGCAAACAAAGCGAUAUCGCGGACCACAGAGAUGAAAUUGAAGAGCAUGCACACACCGACAACAUACGUGUCAGCAUGAGAAUGAACGCCGAGGCUUUCAUGGCAAUGCAGCCAUUAAUGGAGCAAUAUCCGGACGAACGGAAACCUCUGGACGAGAAAGAGUAUGAGAAUUACAAACAUAAACAUAUGGAAAUAUAUCCAGAUCUACAUCCAGAGACAAAUCAAUACGAUAAAUAG